AGUAGGUAACGGAUUAAAAUUCACUUAAGAAAAUGUCUCACGCAUUUUACGCAGAUGCCUGGCAGAAAUCAAAACGGCGUGAUAGAGUUUGGUAUCAGGAAAACCUGAUGCCGGCAUUAUUAGCUGCAAAAGAGAGACGAGCGCGGGAAAUCGAUGCGUCAAUUGCACUCGCAGAGGAACUACUGCGGACUUUUGAGGAACCAGUAGCCAAACCGCAGCCUGUCCCUACACACGACAUUAUAGCAUCAGAAGACGAUAGUCUCAUGAAACCGAUAGAACCAGAAAUACUAAAUCUUUUAUACGGUUGCACUGAAAAAGGCGCAGCUCAACAAUAUCUUAAAGCAAGAAAUAAAAAAUCUCCCGAAGACAAAUUUUAUUUUCGUUUAACGACCAACUGGGACUACGGCUGGCAGCAGAAACAAUCACGGCUGAAGCCUCGUGACGUGAACCGAGGUCGCUGCGCUAUACUACGAGACACGUUCUACCGUAAAAGCAACCUCGCACCCGACCCGCCACAUUACUCUAGUCCGGCUGGCGGGGAAUUUUCUAUAUGCAGUGAAUACUCUUGUAACGCAAAUUAAUAAUCAUAAUAUAAAAACAUAACGGGACUUGGGUAAAUAAUAAGGCAAUAUAUAGCAAAAAACAUAUAUUUUAUAGUUUUAUUAUUUACAAUAAUUCAACUUUUAUUUACAUAUUUAACAACAGCAAAUGUACCCAUUCGUUAAGGCCACAUCACACUGUUUCAGGGAAUUAUUAAAAUAAAAAAUGUGUACAGAU